UCGCUGUGCAUUAUGGGCACGAGCUCCUCCCCACGUGUCAGUGUGGAGCGGAGUCAACAUGGUAAGCUACCGACACCGACAGGCUUCAGCAGCCCGAGUUAGUUAGACACUACUCAACAUCUUUACGCACCACAUUUCUGGACUGUUAGACACGGAUGAGGUAGCUACAACGGUACCGUAAAGUGUGCAGGUUGGGUCUCUGAGAUCUGCUGCUCGUGUUUCAUCUCCUCUCCUCGAUCAGUUCACAUCAAUAUGGCCAGCGGGGAUGAGGAUGACCCCAUUAUAGAGGAGAUUGAUGUGUAUCUUGCCAAAAGCCUUGCAGAUAAGCUGUAUCUUUUCCAGUACCCGGUCCGACCAUCCACUAUGACCUACGAUGAUGUCAACCACUUAUCAGCAAAGAUCAAACCCAAGCAGCAAAGGGUAGAGUUGGAAAUGGUAAUUGACGCAAUGAGUCCAAACUACUGUCGCAGCAAAGGAGAGCAGAUAGCUCUGAAUGUGGACGGCACGACAUACGAUGAAACCAACACCUAUUCAGCGAAAAUGAUGGAUAAACAGACCUUCUGCUCCAUCCAGGCCACCACCAACACAUCCAGAUAUGCUGCUGCUGUGUUUCGCAAAGGUGAGCUUCACGUCACACCUCUGACGGGAAUCCUCCAGAUGAGACCGAGCUUCUCUUACCUGGACAAGGCUGACACCAAAACCAGAGAGAGGGAGGCCGCCAACGAAGGUGGAGAUUCCUCCCAGGACGAGGCUGAGGAGGACGCCAAGGCCAUUACGGUGAGGUUUUCUCGUCCUGAGUCAGAGCAGGCUCGGCAGAGGAGGAUCCAGUCGUAUGAGUUCCUCCAGAAGAAGCAGGCGGAGGAACCCUGGGUCCACCUACACUACCACGGUGUCAAGGAUGGACGUUCAGAGCAUGAAAGGCAGUACAUGUUCUGCCAGUCAGUGGACACCUCAGAGAACUCGGAACUGGUCAAAACUCCUAAAGAGUAUCUGACAAUGCUGAUGCCCCCUCUUGCAGAGGAAAAAGUUGUGAAGCCAGUUGGUCCCAGUAAUGUGCUCUCCAUGGCUCAACUCCGCACUCUGCCACUGGGAGAGCAAGUCAAGACCCUGAUGAAGAAUGUCAAGGUGAUGCCGUUUGCUAACCUGAUGGGCCUGCUCGCCUCCGGCACAGACUCAACCGCAGCGCUGCGAUGCAUCCAACAGGUGGCGCUGCUGGUUCAGGGCAACUGGGUUGUCAAGAGUGAUGUUUUGUAUCCUAAAAACACCUGCAGUCCUCACAGUGGUGUCCCUGCUGAAGUGCUCUGUCGUGGCCGGGACUUUGUGAUGUGGAGGUUCACUCUGGAGCGCUCUGUGAUGAGAAAGGAGAUUGCAUCCAUCAUCAAACUUCCUCCAGAGGACGUGAAGGAGUUCCUGGAGCAUGUGUCGGUUCCUCGAGUCAACCGGGGCUGGGAGUUCUUGUUGCCUACUGAUGUAGACUUCAUUAAGAAACACCCAGAUGUUGCCCACAGGCAACAUAUGCUGUGGCUUGGCAUCCAGAGCAAGUUGGAAAAGGUCUUUAACUUCUCAAAAGAAGACUUCAUGCCAAAGAAUUCCUCUCAGCCUGAGCCUGUCCAUAUCAGCGGGGAGCAGCGUCUGAAGAUGGCUCAGGAACGUGCUCAAGGAAACCAGUCAUCCCUACAGAAGGACCUGAACGCUAGACGGGCAGGAAGCAGCGUCCACGUCAAACAGGAACCCCUCAGUGACCAGGAAGACGAACCAAUGGACACCACCUCCUCCUCCAUACCCAACGGUUCUGUCAAUGGUUACCCCAGUGCCGCCUCACCUGCCUUAGAUCACACUAACGGUAACGAAGGGAGUCCCGCCAACGCUGCGUCCCUGGAGCUGCAGGACUUUGUAAUAAAGACUUUCAGGAAGCAUUUUGUACUGACACUGAAUGAGUUUAAGAGGCUGUUUGGCCUCCACCUGGCCUCCAUGCCAGUGGGACGGAGCGUCUUCCCCUCCAUCUCAGACCACAUGCUACAGGAUGCCAUACUGCUCUGCCAGUGCAAACAGAUAAUGGUGCCUUUCCCUGCUCAGACCACAGCAGCCGCUGAUGAACAGAAGGUGUUCGGUUUGUGGGAGACUGGAGAGGAAUUUGACAAGCAACGUCGGCUACUAUAUGACCUGUUCAACAAGAACUACAAGGUCAGGAGGAACAUGAUACAAGCCAGACUGGCCCAGGAGUUCGGAGACGCCCCAAAGGCGGAUGUCGACCGGCUACUCCAUGAGUGCUGCAGCAGCUAUGCAGGGAUGUGGUACCUCAAGGGAACAAUACCGUCCUGACCUUGAGAGCUUGUUCCCCUGCGGUCACCGUCAGCCAAUCAAAUCCUCUCCCGGGUGUCCAGUGGGAAGGCAGCCAGAGAGAUGAGAGCCAAUCACAAUCACAGCUCGCCAAGCUCUAAGAGUGGGCAAUUGGAGGACAACAAAUGUCAGCCGUCAGCUCAGAACAAGAAGCUUUUCUCGUUUUCAACCGAAGCAUUUGUGACAUUGACAGGAGCACUCUGAUGCAGCGCCGAGGAUAGAAACUCCUCACACACCCUCACCAAGAGCUGGAGUGUCUGAGAAAGGGGUACAUCAAUAUAAAAGAUGAAGAAAUGGCAAAACAUAUACGGUUUAUCAAAAGCUUUUUGCCAUAUUUUGGACCUCAUGUUUGAUUAUUUUUUGAAUUAAUCUUAAACCAGAUCAAGAUGGUGUUUACUACUGUAUUGAAGGCAAACGUGCCUCAAAGUGCUUUAGUUUUUACUCUUGAGGUGUACAUUUUGCCAGGAAAAACAGUUUAUUUUAUUCUACCAUCAACAAAGCAAACGGGGUAGAAAAUCGGAUUUGUUGUUCAUCCCUUAAUUUAACAAAUUGUCUCUUUAUCCGACUUAAAAAAUAACUGAGUCGAGGAAAAGAAGAUGAAAAAAGUCCCUGAUGUCAUUUUGCUCAUAUUGUACAAUUGAAAUCACUUAAUAUUUUGGCAAUCAUGGACCUGGAAACUGCUACAUCUAAUGUGGCUUUUCCUACGUUUGGAAUGUGUACUAAAAUAUAACGUUUUAGGAAAAAGAGGAUUAAAUGGCUGAGUUUUUUUUGGGGUUGAAUGUACGGUUUCAAUUAGUUUUCCUUUCAACAGAAAGACUAAUUUUGAUAAUAGCCAAUAAAGAUGCAAAUUCAAAUAAGAUUUAUUUGUUAUUUUGAUCAAAUAUCUGUAUGAACAAAGUGGAAUAGAUGUGUUGACGGACUGGAUCGUCGGUCUGGUACAAACACUGGACCACCAUCUCGGGGGUUGUUGCUAUGGAUACGCUGGUGUAUGUGUUGCUAUCUUGAGCCUCCAUCUAAAAAGUGCCUCACAAGACAAACUCUUCAGACACAGAAUAACGGUAACAAUGCUUUGAUUCUCAUUGAAAUACUUCUAAACCCUCAAGAGUGGAAAUCUAGUAAAAUGACAGCUCUAUUUCUUUUUUAUUGGUUUGUUACAUUGCCCAAUAAACAUUGUCACCUGUC